CAUAAAGUCACAAAACCAGGAGGCUACAACGUUUAAAACGGGCAACUAAAAAAUAAAAAAAAAUAUCUGUUGAACUUACACAUUUAUAUAGGAUAAAUUCAGACACAAUGAACUUAAUCCAAAUAAUCCACGUUAGUGGAAAUCUGCUGACUACCAGAGGAAUAACUGCGAGAGCACGCCGUGAGUAGCGCGUUGCAUCGUGUUAUGUGAUGAAGCGUGUUCAACAGCAACAAAGCCACAAGUCUAACCGACUAAAACAGAAAACAAACAGCUUGGAACGCAUAAACGGAUUACACACUCCAGGAAUUUAGACAAGACGUGAGAAUGCUAAAUGUUUACCGGCUUGCAAAACAGAAAACAAAAUGCCAAAGGUUGAAACUCCGCUAACGUUGGCCUAGUCACGUUGAUUUUUCUCCUGCGUACUCGCGAGACAGUAGCGCCAGCUAGGCUAGCUGCUAGCAAACACGAGCUCAACACCUCACGACCAAGAAACGCGCUUCGGUCGACGAUCGAGCCACAUUGCGCAGAAAGAACCAGAUGAUCCGUCAUUAAUUAUGGUGUCAGCUCCAGCCUGCUGAAGGAACCUCCGGGCCAUCUGUGAUUUGGGUACCUCAGGGGACCCAGACCGGGAUGCCACAGACAUGGUGAACACCUGACCAUUGUGAGUGAUUAGUUUUAGCGAUGGAGCAGUUUCACGGAGCGUGGAAGACCCUAAGCAACGGCUUUGGAAUGAAGGACUCGCCGUUUGAGGGCCCCUGCCUGUCCCCUACCAUGGUCCAGGGCUUCACCUGCCAGCGACGUGCCUCCGACGACAGCAAGAUGACGGACUCCAAGGCCAGCAGCACAAUCCGUGUCUUCCUCCCAAACCACCAGCGCACUGUGGUCAACGUGCGACCAGGUAUGACUCUUUACAGCUGUUUGAUCAAAGCCCUGAAGGUGCGAGGUCUGCAGCCCCAGUGCUGCGCUGUCUUCAAGCUGCAUCCCGGACAGAGAAGUAAAAAAUCCCGGAUGGACUGGAAUACCGAUUCAACCUCACUGAUAGGAGAAGAGCUCCUUGUUGAGGUUUUAGAUCAUGUUCCUUUGACAACGCAUAACUUUGUCCGGAAGACCUAUUUGAAGCUAGCCUUCUGCGACAUUUGCCAGAAGUUUCUCCUUAAUGGGUUCCGUUGCCAAACAUGCGGCUAUAAAUUUCAUGAGCAUUGUAGCACCAAAGUGCCCACGAUGUGUGUGGACUGGAGCAACAUUAGACAGCUUCUGUUGUGUCCAACACCAGGUGAGAGUGGCUUCCCUUCCCUGCCACCGCUCACAUCCCGACGUAUGAGAGAAUCCCUAACCCGGCUUCCAAGCUCGGCCCACCGAAAUUCCACCCCUCAUGCCUUCAACUACACCACGUCGUACCCACCCACAGGCGGCGGUCUCUCCCAGAGGCAGCGCUCCACCUCUACGCCCAACGUCCACAUGGUCAGCACGACCCUGCCUGUUGACAGCAGCAUGUUUGAGCUAGACUGUCUAAGUACCUCUCCCAGUUCCUGGUGCCGCAGAUUCUGGCUGAAGAGGAAAGUAGGUAUUGUGCACUUCUCCGAGUCAGAGACUGCCGAAAAGGAAGCGAUGCGGGAUCAUGACUCAGCUGGAAGUUCCCCCAGCCAGAGCCCCACAGGCUGGAUUCAGUCCAAAGCUCCAGCACCAUCCCAGCGAGAGAGAGCCUCGUCCUUCAACACUCAGGAGAAAAAUAAAAUAAGGCCUCGGGAUAAGCGAGACUCGAGUUAUUACUGGGAAAUUGAGGCCAGUGAGGUUUAUCUACAUUCCCACAUUGGUUCAGGCUCUUUUGGAACAGUAUACAAAGGAAAAUGGCAUGGUGAUGUUGCGGUGAAGAUUUUAAAGGUUACUGACCCAACUCCAGAGCAGCUCCAGGCAUUCAGAAAUGAAGUCGCUGUCCUGAGGAAAACAAGACAUGUCAACAUCCUAUUGUUUAUGGGCUAUAUGACGAAAGACAACCUGGCCAUCGUGACCCAGUGGUGUGAGGGCAGCAGCCUGUACAAACACAUUCAUGUCCUAGAGACUAAUUAUACCAUGAUCCAGCUUAUAGAUAUCGCCAGGCAGACCGCUCAGGGCAUGGACUAUUUACAUGCAAAAAACAUAAUUCAUCGUGACAUGAAGUCCAACAACAUCUUCCUGCAUGAAGGGUUAACGGUAAAAAUCGGGGACUUUGGUCUUGCGACUGUGAAGUCCAGGUGGACCGGAUCACAGCAGGUGGAGCAGCCCUCUGGAUCCAUUCUCUGGAUGGCUCCCGAGGUGAUCCGAAUGGAGGAUAACAAUCCGUACAGCUUCCAGUCAGACGUCUAUUCCUAUGGAAUUGUUCUCUUUGAGCUGAUGACCGGAGAGCUCCCCUACUCCCACAUAGCAAACAGAGAUCAGAUUAUAUUCAUGGUGGGAAGAGGCCGCUUGUGCCCAGACCUCAGUAAGCUCUACAAGAACUGCCCCAAAGCAAUGAAGAGGCUGGUGGCAGACUGCAUCAAGAAAUCCAAGGAAGAAAGGCCGCUGUUUCCACAGAUCUUGUCCUCCAUCGAGCUCCUUCAGCAUGCCCUCCCUAAGAUAAACCGCAGUGCCUCAGAACCGUCCCUGCACCGAGCCGCGCAGACCGAGGACAUCAAUGCCUGCACUCUGACCACCAGGCUGCCUGUUUACACAUAGGCUCCUCGUCAGCAACGAGAUUAUUCCGCUCCAUCAGUAAAUGCAAAUUCCCUCCUUAAAGACAUUUGUAUAGAUCUAUACACAUGCAAUCAUACAUAAACCGAUGUUAGUCAAUGACUAUGUAAUUAACGGAGAAUAGCAGGAGGAGGAGCAUCUGAGAUUAACUACGGAAGAUUGCAAUCGGAUCGGCACAAGGUACAUCACACAUGCGUUAAGAAGUAUGUUGAGGCUUCGCGUUCGUAUCGUAUUUGAUUUUAGUUGUACACAGAAGCACACAUGCCUACCUGAGACAACAAUGAAUGGACACUGAAGGAAGCUUAGGGGACGUUUGUCUCCUGGUCCGUUUUCUGUCCUGCUUUCAUCGGGCCUGAAGAGAGGACUACUUAAGCUUAGCUGCCUUAUGAGGAAACAAAUCCUGGACUAAGUUUCUGAAGAACUUCAUCUCCUAUGUUUAUCAGAAAGCUACUGGAAGCAGCUCAUCUAGUUGCACAGUAGCCGAUUCUGCUUUGUCUUAAAAAUUAGUCUUUAUUUUUGGGUUAUUUUUGAUAAGUUCUGUCAUGUCUCACUGCGGGGAGAGGGGUUUUAUCACAUUCACUAAACGGAUUUGUCGAUGCCUAUACACUUUUCAGUCCUUAGUGAAAGGUUAUCAUGAACUGGACAUUCGGCACGUGUCUUAAAUAUUUAAAGUGAUUCGGGAACUAAUUUUUGCUGUCACCUUGAGGAGGUUAAAUGUUUUAUUUUGAACUUGGUGGGAAAGUCGUCUAUUCAAUAUUUUAAUAAAAUUAAGUUAAAAAAGUA